AUGAACACAAUGGAACUUGAACCCAUUGAUUUCCUCACAAAUUACUCUUACUUUUCCCAACAAAGCCAUGAAUUUGGUGAAUGCAGCCUCACAAAUUCUUGUUCUUCUCUCUCAGAAAACUCCUCUCAAAAUUCCCUCCAAGAUGGAUACUUUUUGGAAUAUGCUGAUCAAAAUCUGCUUCAACAAGAAUUGGAUCAAUUUGAUCCAAUCAAUUACAACUUUGAAGAAUUCCUCGCUACCACCAUGGAUCAUCAAAACAUUCCAGAAAUGGGGGAUUCAAGAUCAGUUCAAGAAGAUGAAGAAGAAGAAGAAGGAAACUCCAAAACUAUGUUUAAGGGAAUUCAAGCAGAGUUAAUGGAAGAAGAGAGCUUAACAGAUCUGUUAUUAGCAGCAGCUGAUGCUGUUGAUGCACAAAACCAUCCCCUUGUUUCAAAUUUGAUUCAAAAGCUCACGAAUUUGCUGUUAUGUGAUAUGGGUUCAUCAUCAUUCAAUCAAUUGGCUUGGUUUUUCACUCAAGGGCUGCAUUACAAGACUGUUGGUUAUGAUAUUGCAGCUCAUGAAAUGGCAGAACAAGAUCAAACAAUGAAUAAGAACUCCUUGUCAGCGUUUUUGAUGCUGCAGCAGCUUUCCCCUUACAUAAAGUUUGCUCAUUUCACUGCUAAUCAAGCGAUUCUUGAAGCAUCAGAAGGAGAAAAAAUGAUUCAUGUUAUAGAUUUUGAUAUCAUGGAAGGGAUUCAAUGGCCGCCAUUAAUGGCGGAUCUUGCUGCUAAGAAACAAGUUUGCUUGUUGAGACUAACAGCCAUUGAACAGGGCAAUGAAAAUGAACAGAGAAGGAUUGAAGAAACAGGGAGAAGGCUUAGUGAAUUUGCCAAAUCAAUCAAUCUCCCUUUCAAAUUUGAUCAUAUGGGUAUUGAAAAAGAUGAAAACUUUGAGCAAAUUCAAGUGUUGGGUCAGACGGUGAUAGCCAAUUGCAGUGGAAUUUUGCACAGUUUAAGCCAUAGAAACUCAUCAAAGCUUGAAACUUUCUUAAAUGGGGUAGCAAAACUAUCCCCUAAAUGUGUAGUUCUUGUUGAAGAAGAGCUUUUUAAGGUCUCUAAGGCUCAACCCAUGUCGUUUGUGGAGUUUUUCUUCGAGGCUUUCCACCAUUUUUCAUCUCUUUCAGAUUCACUGUUAAGAUGCUUUUCUGGGGUUUAUGAAAAUGGGUUCAAACAGGUGAUGGAUGAGUUCUUGGGGACAAGAAUUUUGGAGUCAGUCAGCCAAUUCCCUUGUGAUAAAAAUGCGAUGAACUUGAGGGAAAAGGCGUUUGAUUACUUGAAAGGCUACAAGAAAAUCCCUUUCAGUUCUUUCAAUUGUUCUCAAGCUAAGUAUUUGAUUACUCUGUUCAGAGGAGAUUUCUGGGUUCAGCAUGAGAAUGGCAGCCUAAGUUUGUGCUGGAAGUCAAGGCCUUUGUGUUCAGCUACAAUUUGGGUUCCAACAGCAAAAAUAUGA